AUGAUAUUACCAUUACUGCAGUCUUUUAGCCAGCAACAAGGAAUCCCUUCGUACAAUACUUUUUUUGAAUGUUCGGUAUUUGCAAUGCUGGAAUUUUGGGAGGACCAAGUAGAUUUGAGUUACUCUCCUGUGAAUGCCCUGGGAAUGUUAAUCUCCCUGCGUUUAAGCGAGCAACUGAUCUCUAGAGUACACUUUGUAUUGCGAGAACUGGAAGGGCUCCUGUUAGAUGGAGUAAAUGGGAAGCCUCGUAAGCUCCACUCGCAGAGUAGGAAGCACAGGCUGCGGCGGGGUGUUGUAGAGCCACCUGGUGUAGACCUGGACUAUGCCAAGAGCAGGAAAAUUUUUCCAAGAGAUUCCAGUCUAAAAGACAAAUUCAUAAAACAUUUUACAGGGCCAGUCACAUUUUCGUCAGAGUGUAGCAAGCACUUCCAUCGACUGUAUCACAACACAAGGGACUGCUCCACGCCAGCCUAUUAUAAAAGGUGUGCAAGGUUGCUAACAAGAUUAGCAAUGAGCCCUUUGUGUACACAGUCCUAGGAUGUUUGCUAUACUUUCUACUAAGGAGAGAAUUCUGAUUUGCCAAGAAAGUGCCUUGAAAUCUUCCAAGACAGAGAAGACAUCUUUUACCUUUUUGAUUUACAACGUUUUGUUACUAGAUGCAUUUUAUUUUCAUAUAUUUGUCGGACAUUCCAUAUUUGUUUGAAACAUUAUUUUAUUUUAAUUUGUAAAUUUGUUGCCUAUAGUUCAGACGAGCCAAUUAUUUAAAUACAUUGUAUAUAAAGAAUACUAAUGAUAUACUGAUUAAAUGUUAUAACCCUAUGCAGGGAGUUGGUAAAAUUUUGCUGUUUCUCUUGUUCCAUUGUAUUUACAUCAUUCUGCUCAGGCUCUUACUUUCAUUAUUUGCACUAACUUGAAAUGCAGAAGUCUAUGUAACUGAAAUCGGAAUAAGCUGUAAGUGGGGAAGUUUUACUUGCCAUGGAAGAUAUUUUAUAUUAUGAAGCUUUGUUAAUAUAUACAUAUAUAUUGUUGCGCAUCAGAAAAAAAUUGCUCAGAAAUGCACCUUGCUUUCAGGAACAUUUGUAUGACUAUUCUGGAUUUUCAUCAGUUACAUUUGUACUGGCACUUAUGGAGAGAGUUGCAAAUAAUGUAAAUAUAAAGACUGGAAAACUGCAAUGCAGUUUUGGUGGAAUAAAGGAC